GGGAGAGAUUUCCACAUAAUCCGAAAAACCCGACGAGCAACAUAUAAUUCAACUCCACAAACCUGUUGAACACACUCAAAUGUAAGAAUAACUACGCGCACCUGCGGGAAAACGGAAUAAUUAUGUGAAAAUCUCACGUUUAAACAACCUGUCGUCGACCACCAAUUCCUCCUGAGGACAAAUACGUUUAAAAAAAAAGAAGAAGAAGAAGAAAAAAAGGGGUCAGCCGAAGGAGGGAGUACAAAUCGUAGAGGUGAAAUAACUUCAUGGACCAACCCCCUGCGUGUUGAGUCCUGCUCGGCGCUGCUGCUCCACUCUGCGCACUCACAUGUCGCUGUGGCGCAGUGAUCCACGCCGCGUCUCCUCCUGCUGCGGGAUCCCUUCUGCUGCUGCUGCCCGGCCUUCCACUGGAUAUUUACGUGUAUUUUAAUCAUUAAGGCUGGCUCUCAUCGCCUCCUAGCGGCAUUAAGCGGGAACACUCUUCCGUCUGCGUAGAACAGCUGGGGGCUCUGACUUUUCCAGAUUUCUUAGAUAAAUAACCAAAGGAAGAAUGCCCACCCAGAGGACUACAUGACACAUUGGAUCUAAUCUCAAAAUACAAUAAUACGGGGGGAGAAAAGAAAGGAGGGAGAAAACGACUUGUGGAAGUACCAAACAGAAUGACCAAAGAGUCUUUCCAUGCUGCUGCUGGGGCCCCUUCAGCCAUCACCAUGUUCCGCUCCUACCACAACAACGCGGUCAUCCUGGAGCACUACAACUUCACCGGCAAGCUGGAUGCGAAAAAGUACACGGAGGGCCUCAAACCCCAGGACAUCGCUUUCCUGCUGGUCUGCCUGCUUAUUGUCGCCGAGAACGCCGUGGUGCUUCUGGCCAUCUGGAGGAACAAGAAGUUCCACCUGCCCAUGUACUACUUGCUGGGCAACUUGACUCUCUCGGACCUGCUGGCGGGCUUCACCUACAUGGUGAACAUCCUGACGUCCGGCGCCAACACCAUGCUGUUGACCCCCGUGCUGUGGUUCCUGCGGGAGGGCGGCGUGUUCAUCAUGCUGGCCGCCUCGGUCAUCAGCCUGCUGGCCAUCGCCAUAGAGCGCCACGUUACCAUGGUGAGGAUGAAGCCGUACCAGGGCGACAAACAGGGCCGGAUGUUCGCGCUGAUCGGGGCCAGCUGGGUGCUGUCCGUGUUCCUGGGCGUCCUGCCCAUCCUGGGCUGGAACUGCAUGGGACGCCUGGACCAGUGCUCCACGGUGCUCCCGCUCUUCGCCAAGAGCUACAUCCUCUUCUGCAUCACCAUCUUCAGCGCCAUCCUCAUGUCCAUCGUGGUGCUGUACGUCCGCAUCUUCCGCAUCGUCAAGUUCAACACCCAGCGGCUGGCCUCUGUGCCGCAGCGCAAGGGCCUCUACCGCAAGUCCCAGAAGUACAUGGCCCUGCUGAAGACGGUCACCAUAGUCCUGGGGGUCUUCAUCGCCUGCUGGUUGCCCCUCUUCAUCCUACUGCUGCUGGACUUCUGCUGCCCGGCCAAAAGCUGCUCGGUGCUCUUCAAGGCGGACUACUUCCUGGUGAUCGCCAUGCUCAACUCCCUGCUCAACCCCAUCAUCUACACGCUGACCAGCAAGGACAUGAGGAGGGCCAUCCUCCGGCUGCUCUGCAGACACUGCCUGCUGACGAAGGACGGCCAGGUGAAGAAGAUCGGGAUACCAUUCCUGGAGUGCAGCACCAGCAAGGCCGACGCGGCGUCCCACAGGCUGGAGGGGCUGGAGACGACCGUGUCCUCCGGGAACUUAACGCCCUCCACAAUCAAGGCCAUUUACCCCCGGAUGUCUAAGUCAUGACCCGGCGGAUCAGACGUUCGGACUAAGACUUCCUCUGGAGUCGGGCUCCAGGCGAGUGACAGACUUUGGUUGUGCACUGUGCCAGAGUUCGAGUUUUAAGCUGAAUAAGCUGUAGACUGUGAGUGUGAUUGAAGUCAAAGUUUUGGGAGAAAGACUGUAAUCUCAAAAAAAAAAGAAAAAGAAAAAGAAAUGUCAACGGCUAAAUAGCAGCUUGUGGUUUCUUGUGAAAAACUAGCAUUACUUUAUUUUUCAGUCAGUAUUUAUCAGAAGAUUUUCCUUCUGGAAAACAUUGCGUUUUUGUGUCAGUUUUCCCACAUGAAAUGAAAUCAAAGGCUGGCGUGCAGACGUUCCACAUGAAUACCAGCCAAUCACGGCGCACAUCUGACAGUCUGCGGCCAAAGCCCGGGCGGGGGGUUCACCCUUAUCUCCUCUCCCCCCGCGCGGCGUGUUUAAUGACACGUUGUUACGAACACGCCCAAAAUCUGCUGUGCCAAACCCAUGUAAUUUUUGCCAUGUGAGUUUUGGUCAGCAGCAGUGCCGGGUAACGCCGCCCCCCCCCCCCCCUCUCCCCUUCUCCUUGGCCCCAGAUCAGAGGCUUGGCUGGGGACGUCAUGCUGAGGAGGAGGGGGGGGGGGCAGCUUUGGAGGUCCCCCAUCAACACAUGUAGAAGGACUAGAAGGCCAUGAGGCUCAACUUGGGAGGCCCGGUGAAGGCCUUCCGGGUUUCUCGCUGCAGAACGUUCACCCAGGAUAUGGAUCAGUUUUCUUCAUGUUGAGACACAACAGCGAUCCGUCGAAGGCUAUCGGCGCCGUCUGGGGAGAGAUGAGAAUAGAUUCUGUUCCAAUUUUAAUAUUGUAUAUACAUGUAAAAAAAUACAUCUAUUUACAGAUUUUUGUAUCAUUGUAUUUGUAAAUAUAUAUAGCCUUUUCUGAGCUUAAGAGAGCUGUGUUUUGUAUUGUAAAAACCUUACUUAAGUUAAAAUGUCACUUUGGUUUUGAAAUGUGCACUGAAUAAAACAUGUGAAUGAAGUUU